CCACCAAUCGGCGGCGGCCAUUUUGCAGACGGUCGCCCACGAGCCAGAGGCGAGCGCAGCGUCGGAGCCGCGAGCCUCCGACAUCCCGCAGCUGGACGCCGUGUCGGAAGGUGACGUGACGCUGUCGCCGGGCCGGCCGGCGCCGGCCGUCGACGGCGACUCCACCUGCGCCAACCACAGCCGCAUGACGUCGGCCACCUCGGCGCCGCCGCCCGACUACGAGAACGUCAUCGCCGUCAACGUGCACCGGGCAGACCUGGGCGUGCGUGCCUGGCGCGCCUACUCGGACGUGGGCGACAGCGCGCACAACUACAGCGUCGUCACCGAGCGCGCCGGCCGCCUGGACGACUCGGCGACGGAGCCGGCCGACCAGGAGGGCCCGGCCGGCGGCCGGCACACGUACGAGAACACCGACAACGUGGCGCUGAUGAUCGCGCACCUGGAGGACGCGCCGCCGGCGCCGCCCGUGCCCGAGGCGAGCCCCCAGGCGGCUGGGCCGACGCGCGACUCCAGCCUGCUCGUGGCCACGAUCGACGGCCGUCGAGCGCUCGGGGUCUCGGCGCAGAGCUCGUACGUGAAUCUGAGGGAGUGUGCUGCCGUAUGA